AUGAAAGGCGUGAAGCAAGAUGUUAUUGCUUUAACCGCUAAUGAAAUGUUUCCUGACUCUGUUCAGUGUUUCUAUGAUGAAGAUAAAGGUUUAAUGGUUCCGCAAGGAAAAUUUGACAAAGACUCUGAGUUCAGUGUUAUGAAACUUUACAAAGCACUUUAUGACGGUCAAGAGAUUGGAUUUGACUUAUGUAAGUCUUCUAGUCCUUGCUUUGCUGAAAAGUUUAACUUCUCAAUAACGACUAAAACAAGCUUUAUUCGUAAGUUGAAGUUCUGA